UACCGCUUUAGGAUUUCUAGAAAGAUGUCUGGCGAAUUGAGCGAGCACGAUACGGCCGUUUUAAAUUGCGUGUUUAAUCCCAACUUACCACUAGAAGAAGCGACUAUGCUGCCUCAAGAGGAACUACAAGAUGAAAAUGACAGUGAUCCCCAGUUUCAAACGGCUAAAGAAAUUGAAAUUAAAGCUGUGCAAACUGUAGAAAGUGGAAAUUUGAACGAAGGGUUACGGUUGCUGAACGAGGCGAUAAGUAUAGCGCCUAAGAUGCCUUCGUUGUAUAAUAACAGGGCGUAUAUUUACCAAUUUCUGAGGAAAUUUAACGAGGCCUUCGACGACGUUACCACCGCGAUAAACCUGUGCAGCGACAAACACAGGAAAACCCUAUGCCAAGCGCGAUGUCAGAGAGGCCUGCUUCACAGGAGGGCCGAGAGAAACGAACAAGCGCGCCAGGAUUUCGAAAUUGCCGCCAAGAUGGGAAACCGAUUCGCGAGGGGACAGCUGGUGGAGCUCAACCCUUACGCGGCCCUGUGCAACCAGAUGCUGCGCCAAGUGACGGACGCACUGAAAUAGCAAUAUGUACAAUAUCUUUAUUUCAUAGAAUUAGAUAUAUAAUAUAUUAAAACAAUACAAAUUGUAAAUGCAACAGUCUAUCGUAACUAACAAAUAAAAAUCAGCAAAUCAGUUAAGAUCCCUCAUUAGCACCAAUUACAAAAAUAUACAUAAAAUCUAUGCUAUAAGUCUCGCGCGUAAUAGAUCUUUGCGGGCCCCGCCGACAAAGAAAAAAAAAAAAAAUUAAAAAAAUAAUAAAAUCAAAAGAAUUUCCAAACUGCUGCAAGAUCCAUCGAUAUCGUUUAAACUAUGCACUAGGAGAAAUGCAUAACCUUAAGUAUUUACAAAAAUAAUUGUAUGUGUAAAAUAAAUAAACAAAAAAAAAA